AUGAGGAGGAGAUUGAAUGCUGGUAGCUUGCUUCUUGGCCUGGCAUCCCUGUUGUCCGUGGGCAUCGGGCAGGAGGAAGAGACAGCGGCACCUGUGGAUGCUUCCUUGUUCAAGAAGGAUUUUGAUAAUUGUGGUAGGGCGUUGUUCUAUACCUCCCUCGACCCAACGACGGCGACCAAAGCGGACUUUGCUCUAAUCGUGAAGAGCCAGCACCGCAACGUGCUUAAUGAGGAAGGUGUCUACCAAGCCUUGAUCGAGUUAGAUCAGACCAAAGGAAACCCUGGUACUGUGGAUACAAUCUAUUCGAACCAGUCCAUGGUGGCAAGAGGCUAUGGUAAAACGGAUACGUGGACGCGAGAGCGCUUGUGGCCAAUGACUCGUGGCGCUGUUGGUGGCUAUGCCUCCACGGACAUUCACAACAAUCGUCCCGAGGAAACUCGUAUCACGUCCAUCAAGAGAGAAAUGCUCUUUGGAAAGUGCGGGACUGUUGAGUUUGCGGAUGUUUGUGUGAGACCGGCCUUUACACUGGGACCAUCCAGUACCGAGCAAGAUGGAAAAAUCUGGUUGCCUCCAGCUGAUAAACGAGGAGAUAUUGCCCGUGCUCUCUUCUACAUGCAAUUGAGAUACGGAGACGAAGAACUCGACCUCCGCUUGACCGAUUGUCCUCCCUUCAAUGGCAAGAUGGCCUAUCUCUCCCAGUUGCUAGAAUGGCAUGCCGAUGACCCAGUCGACGACAACGAAUUCAAUCGCAAUACCAAUGCCUGUCGCUAUUGGCAAGGCAAUCGCAAUCCGUUUGUCGAUUACCCAGACCUGGUAGCAAAGUUCUACGGGCAGCCUCAGGCCAUUGAGCCCAACACAAGGACCUACCAGUCUUGUCUCAACGUCCCCACGCAAGCUCCUACGGCAGAACAGAACGAGUGCAGUCUUCUCCAACCAGGGGAUAUCUUCCUUCUACGCAUCGAGAUCCCAGGAGGACUGGAACUCUACAUGACGGAUAAUCCUUGGACAGGAAUAUCAUUUGCAUCCGUUGAAGGAGUUAUCAAGUUGACGGUUCCUAGUGGCGGGUACAAGGCCGGAGAAACGUUUGGUUUUGGACCUGAUUUGGGCAAGGAUCAAAAGUGGGUCCGCGAAGAGGGCGAGUUCAACAUUGGCACCAUGGGCGACUCGAUCUUUUUGUACUGCCAUCUCGGUGACAGCUCGAUUCGACCCCUCGUGGGCUAUACCAACUCGAAUGAAUGGGCUAAACCUGGUUUGGAUCUGGAGGACUACGGAUCCACACUGAGUGCCCUUCCCGAUGAACUCAAGGAUGUUGGCUCGAUUGCGUUGCCUCAUUUGGACAAUUACAAAUACGAAGGUCCCGACGUGGCAGAAAAGAAGGACCUUCAAAAGUACAUGAUGGACCCAACCAACUGGAGGGGAAAUGAUGAUGGACUGGGCGACCAAGGAGGUUCACAGAUGGCGGCAACUCACUGGUCUGCCAUGUUGGUGUCGUUAUUUGUGGCAGUGGCCGGCUACACUCUUCUAUAA